AUGAGCUCACCAGAAGCAUCAGCUGCUUACCUAGAGCGCUACAACUUCAAGGCGCUCAUGGAGUGGCUGACAGCCAGAUCUAUCCUACACCGCCCGGACGAUCCGAUGGUAUUCUGUCGAGACUUGCUGGAAAGGAGCAUUGGAGAACGGGACGGGAAAACGGCCGCGUACGACCCGACCUGCCCGGCUCGGUUGCUGAAGGAGUGCUACGACGACGCGAUGAACGCGGCGGACGAGCACGGCAUCAUCCACCCGGAGGCAUGCCCCCACCCAGCCACCGGGAGAAGAGUGGACGGUGAUGUCUCCGCCGCCGCCGCCGCCGCCGGCACGGGUGGGGCCGCGAAGGACACGACAAGCAGCAGCAGCAGCGGCGACGGCGGCCCGACCGGCAAUCCGGCACCAGCACCCGGCGACGACUCUUCUGUCCAACCCGUGCCCGCCGCCACGGGCAGUCACACCCCACCUGCACCAGCAGGAGCAGGAGCAGGAGCAGGAGCAGGAGCAGGAGGAGAAGGAGACGAAGCGCCCGGGGAUGUUGGGCAGGGAGCGUCAACGGGGGUCGGGGGGAGUUCGGUACGUCAAGCCGCGGGCGAAGUGAUUCGACCGCUUCUGCUCGGGGUGAUUCGGGAGCUGUGUGAACUCGAGAGACCUGAGGUUGCCGCGGCGGCCGUGGUGGCGGGAGCGUGCAAGGCCGUCAACGCCGGUCGGGCCGCGCUGUUUAAGCUGAUCGGCGAGGACGGCACCUUACAGGAGAUGGGCAGCGGAACCUCGAACCAGCGGAUCGUCGAGCACGGCAAAGGCUUGGUGGGGCGGACGGCGGCGGCGGCGGUUGCAGCAGGAACGGGGGCCGAGGGGCGUGGUGCUGGGGCCAUCCUGACGACGAAAGAUCCGUCCAAGGAAGAUGGGUUUUGCGCAGAGGUGGACCUGCCGCCUUGUGAAGAUCCGGCGCGAGAGACAGCAGAUUGGAGCACGUCGGGACUGAUCUGCGGUCCUGUCACGGACGGCUUGGGCGAAACUUGGGGGGUGCUGGUCGUGGCGGAGCCUUUGGGCGACGGGGGCGCGUUCGACGAGGAAAAAGUCGACGCCUUCAGGACCGUAUCUACGAUGGCUGCUGUAUCGAUGCAUAACUCGGAGGUAUACGGGCAGGGCCAGACCGGGUGCGAGAAGUUCCGAAACAUGAUCGAGGUCAUCGAGGCCACGAACGACAACCUCGGGGUGAACCACCUGCUCUACACGAUAGCCAAGUGCUUGCCGGUCAUAUGCGAGGCACAGAAGUGCACCUGCUUCCUCGUGGACGACGACAAGGACCAGCUGUGGGUAGUCCAGGGGGAGGUCAAUAUGAGGGUGCCCAAGAACAAGGGUAUCGCGGGCGCGGUCGCCACCUCGGGGCACGCGGAGAACAUUUCCGACGUGUACGCCGAUCCUCGUUUUAACAAGGAGGUGGACUUGGAAACGGGGUUCCAGACGCACUCCAUCCUCGCCAUGCCCGUGAGGGGAGGGGAAGAAAACAAGGUGAUUGCAGUGGUGCAGCUGAUCAACAAGCAGGGGAGGAUGCAUGAAAGCGGCCGUCGCGACUCUUGCACCGGCAUGCACUUCACUCCUCAAGACAUGGCCAUCAUCGGAGCCUUCCUGUCUCUGCUCGGCCCCCGCAUCUUCGCGUCCAGCAUGCUGCAGCCGAAGCGCAAAAUGCACAUAAAGGUUUUUUUCUUUUGUCGAAAAGAGAGUGAAAUUUACGCCCCCCUCCUCGCCUGUCCUUCAAGUUAG